AUGAAGUAUCUUCGCCUAGCCUCCGUGGCGGCUCUUCUCAGCGCUGCUACUGUCUCCGCUGGUCCAUUGGGCACCCGUGAAGAUGACGGAUACUGUCCCAAGGGCUACACCAUGAGUGUCUACUACAAGACCAUCUAUGCAACUGCGACCCCUGUAUCAUCUACAGCUAUCGCGUCGUCUACUCCGGUUACUGUCUCGUCCUCAACUGAGCCCGCAGUGGUCGCAUCGUCUACUUCCAUUGCCGUGGAGUCUACGACUUCCGUCGUAGUUGUCCCAAUCGAGACCUCGACCACUUCGGCCGCUGCUGUCGAGACCGAAGAAGUGAAGGCUGCUCCAGUUGUGGUUAUUCCUACCACUACAUCAGCUACGACUGCCGCCGCCGUCCAAACUACUGCUGCCCCAGUCGUGAAGGCUCCCGUUGAGGAAGCCCCUGUUGAGAAGGCUCCCGUCGAGAAGGCCCCCGUCGAGAAGGCCCCCGUCCAGCAAACCACCACUAAAGCUACCGUCGAAGCUCCUAGCACUUCUACCACCUCUUCUUCCUCCUCUUCCACCAAAUCUGCCUCCACCGGUUCCUCCAACGGAAGCCCUGGCAAAGCUACUUUCUACGGUGGCAAUGUUGGCGGCGGCACUUGCUCGUUCUCCGGCUACACCCUCCCGAGCCACCUCUUCGGCACAGCUCUGUCCCUCCAGCGAUGGGAUGACGCAGCGAACUGCGGUGCCUGUGUAUCCGUCACCGGACCCAAUGGUAACUCCAUCAAGGCAAUGGUCGUCGAUCAAUGCCCCGAAUGCGAAAGCAACCACCUCGACCUCUUCCAAGAUGCCUUCGCCGAGCUCUCAGAUAUCUCCGCCGGCAUCAUCCAGACCACCUGGUCGUAUGUUUCCUGCGAUCUGGAUGGACCUCUGAAGCUCAAGAACAAGGAGGGCACAUCCGCCUACUGGUUCUCGAUGCAGGUUGUCAAUGCCAACGAGCCUGUGACUUCGUUGGAGGUUAGCACUGAUGGCGGUAACACAUGGCAGGGAACCACACGCCAGUACUAUAACUUCUUUGAGAACUCUGCUGGAUUCGGUACUAGCACUGUUGAUGUGCGUAUUACCGGUGCUAGUGGCAACACUGUUGUUGUCAAUAACGUCGGUGUUGGGUCCGGCAGUGAGGUUACUGCUAAGUCCAACCUGUAA